AGUAUAGGUGCUCUAAUUCUAAAUUCCCUGAAUGUAAUGAGACAUACCUGUGGCCAGAAUUCUAACCUCAGAAGUUAACUCUUCAAACAGCGUAGAAAGAACGUAGCCUACUUUUAUUUUGGUAGAAAAAAAUGCAAACGCCGUCGUCCUAAAACCGGAAGUCUGUGGGAAGCUGCCACAGUUCUGCAUCUUCCCCGAGCUACACGCGACUAAUUUCAUCAUUCAUCGGAGCCUACCGUUGGGCAGUUUAGGGCAAGUGGUGGACUGUGUUUUAAUUCCAGAUUUCAUUCAAGAACUGCAAGGCUUUGUGCUUGCAGAGAUGUGCGGGAUUUGGGCACUUUUCGGCAGCGAUGACUGCCUGUCCACGCAGUGCACCUGCGCCAUGAAGAUCGCCCACCGCGGGCCCGACGCCUUCCGCUUCGAGAACGUCAACGGCUUCACCAACUGCUGCUUCGGCUUCCACCGGCUGGCUAUCGUCGACCACCUGUACGGCAUGCAGCCCCUCAGGAUCAAGAAGUUCCCCUUUCUCUGGCUGUGCUACAAUGGAGAAAUAUACAACCACCUACAGGUACGUUCUGCUAUCUCUGGCUGUGCUACAAUGGAGAAAUAUACAACCACCUACAGGUACGUUCUGCUAUCUCUGGCUGUGCUACAAUGGAGAAAUAUACAACCACCUACAGGUACGUUCUGCUAUCUCUGGCUGUGCUACAAUGGAGAAAUAUACAACCACCUACAGGUAUGUUCUGCUAUCUCUGGCUGUGCUACAAUGGAGAAAUAUACAACCACCUACAGGUACGUUCUGCUAUCUCUGGCUGUGCUACAAUGGAGAAAUAUACAACCACCUACAGGUACGUUCUGCUAUCUCUGGCUGUGCUACAAUGGAGAAAUAUACAACCACCUACAGCUGAAGGAGAAGUUUGAGUUUGAGUACCAGACCAAGGUGGACGGGGAGAUCCUACUGCACCUGUAUGAGCGCUUUGGGGUUGAGAAGAUGGCGGCUCUCCUGGACGGUGUCUUCGCCUUCGUCCUGCUGGACACGGCGAACAGGAAGGUGUUCCUGGGGCGGGACACCUUUGGGGUGCGGCCCAUGUUCCGCAUGCUGACUGACGACGGCUUCCUGGCUGUCAGCUCCGAAGCCAAAGGCCUGACGGAGAUCACCCACUCCAUGCCCCGCCCCCCUGAGGUCACGCCCUUCCCCCCGGGACACUUUGAGGUCUUCACACUGAAGAGCAGCGGGAAGGUGGAGUCUGUUCAGCUCGGCCGUUUCCAUAGUUGCACCGACGAGCCCAAACACGCUGUCCACGACAGCGUCAGGGGCCUCCUUUCAGGUUUCGAGCUGGAGACGGUGAAGAGCAACAUCAGGGUCCUGUUUGAGAACGCUGUGAGGAAGAGACUAAUGGCUCACAGGAGGAUUGGCUGCCUGCUGUCAGGUGGUCUGGACUCUAGUCUGGUUGCUGCGACGCUGGUGAAGCUGGCGAAGGAAGACGAGCUGACGUACCCAGUACAGACCUUCGCCAUCGGUACGGAGGACAGCCCUGAUAUCCUGGCAGCCCGCAAGGUGGCAGCGCACAUUGGCAGCGAACACCACGAGGUGAUCUUCACCCCUGAGGAGGGCAUCCGGGCCAUCCAGGAAGUCAUCUACCACCUGGAGACGUACGACAUCACCACCGUACGCGCGUCCAUCGGGAUGUAUCUGGUGUCCAAGUACAUCCGCGAGAAGACAGACAGUGUGGUGAUCUUCUCUGGUGAAGGAUCAGAUGAGCUCACCCAGGGGUACAUCUACUUCCACAAGGCAAGGCUUGCGUCUGUGCCAAACUCUGAGCUUACCCAGGGGUACAUCUACUUCCACAAGGCAAGGCUUGCAUCUUUGCCAAACUCUGAGCUUACUCAGGGGUGCAUCUACUUCCACAAGGCCCCGUCCCCCAAGGCCGCGGCGGAGGAGAGUGAGCGGCUGAUGAAGGAGCUCUACUUGUUCGACGUGCUGAGAGCCGACCGCACCACUGCAGCGCACGGCUUAGAGCUGAGAGUUCCUUUCCUGGAUCACAGAUUAUGUGCAUAUUUCCUGUCCUUACCUGAAGAGAUGAGAGUGCCCAAGGAUGGAGUAGAGAAGCACCUCCUGCGAGAGUCAUUUAAGGGGCUGAACCUAAUCCCAGACGACAUCCUGUGGAGACGCAAGGAGGCUUUCAGUGAUGGACUCUCCUCCACCAAGAAGUCCUGGUUCUCCUACCUGCAGGAUCAUGUAGAGGCUGAGGUCAAUGAGUCCCAGUUGGAGAUGGCAGCCAAAGUGUUCCCCCACUUCCCUCCUAAGACCAAAGAGGGGUACCAUUACCGCCAGGUGUUUGAGAAGUACUACCCGGGGCGGGCCGUCUGGCUGUCCCAUUACUGGAUGCCCCGCUGGAUCAAAGCCUCCGACCCCUCGGCCCGAACUCUCUCCAUCUACAAACCCGACAAGGACGAGUGACUGACGACGCGUCGCCGUGGUUACAGCUCCGCCUUCUGCCCAUAACCCCGCCCGCUUCCAAACCAGCUCCACCCUGUCACGUACGCACUCGCUAACUAACAAGCCGACAAAAAAAGCGCAACUCUGGAUGGGUUUUAAAACUCAUGGGCAUUGAGAGAUCACUGUGAGAAAUUCUGAAGCACAUUCAGAGGAGAGAGAGAGGGUGACAGAAGCCUGUUUUAUUUUAAUUUGAGUGAGAAUCAGAGAGGGAAUUUUGAAUAUGUGUUUGUUCUAACCUUUUAAUAACCAAAAUGCCUGUGUGGUUGGUGAGUGUGUACAGAGCCACAGUCUGAUGUAUUGGGUCACAAAUGCCAGUUAGACAUUUUUAGACACGCACACACACACAGUCUUUCACUUUUUCUCUAAACUGUUACUCUAACAUAACAUAAUAACCAAAAGGCCAUUCAGCCCAACAGUGCUCUCCAUUUUCCUGACUAAAUUAGCGCUCUGAUUACUACUAGCCCCAUAAUGCCCAUGAUUCUCUAAUUACUGUGUCUGAUUAAGUCUCUGAGUACCACUAACCCCAUAAUGCCCAUAAUUCUCUAAUUACUGUCUGAUUAAGUCUGAGUACCACUAGCCCCAUAAUGCCUAUAAUUCUCUAAUUACUGUCUGAUUAAGUCUGAGUACCACUAGCCCCAU